AUCGUGAUCGUCCACCCAAUGAAGGCCAGGUCUUGGUACACAGGAGAGAACACCAAGAAGAUGUUGCCGUGUGUGUGGGCCGUGGCUGUGGUCUUGUCCGCUCCCACGCUGUAUGUCUGGGACAUUGACCCUACGACCUUCUACAACAACGUGACCUCCGUGACCGUCGUGAUCUGCGCGGACAUCGGGGUGAGCCAGAGCCACCGGCUCUACUACGCCAUCUACCAGUUCCUGGUCAUGUUCAUCAUUCCCGUGGUCGUCCUCUUCUUCUGCUACACCUUCGUCAUACACGCGCUCUGGCUCUCCUCCAGGCAGCUCAAGCAGAUGACGUCACACAGCAACAGUGGCUAUUCCACGGUGUCCACCAUUGAAGAGCCACAAAGACAGCACGGAGGAGGAGGAGGGGGAGGAGGAGGAGGAGGGUGUGAGGGAGGAGGGAGUGUGGGCGCUCACUCUCCCGGCUCUCAAAGACACUCCCACCUGCGCUCCCGGCGGAGCAUGGUGAGCAGAGCCACGAGGGAGCACUCAGCAGAGGUAUUCAGAGCCAGGAAACAGGUGAUAAAGAUGCUGAUCACAAUCAUCCUGGCGUUCUUUUUGUGCUGGGGCCCCAAACUCCUGCUGGCCAUACUGCAGAGGGUUGGCUUCCAGUGGAUGUUCAGUCCACAGGCACUCAACACAAAGAUCAUCUUGAACCUUCUGCCGUUCGUUCACUCCUGUCUGAACCCUAUAAUCUACGGGUUCAUGUCCAAGAGUUUCCGCACGCGCAUGCAGUGUGCGUGUCGCUCGUACAUCUGUCGGAAGACUCACCCGAGCCUCCAGCAGGGACGCCGGCUCUUGGCUGGCUCCGACUACGAGCUGGAGACCCGCUCCACCAACGGCACCGUGCACACCGUACACACCAAGAUCAGCCUGCGCCAGGCCAGCAGCAGUCACUCGGACACCUGACGCCAGGGCAGCUGCUCCAGCUGGUUCUUCUGCUGCUGCUGCUGCUGCUUCGUCUGCGGGAUGUUCCGACACGCCAGGAAGCCCGCUGCUGUGGUAGACCGCGCCGCUUUUGUGGACUCGCCUCGGCCGCCGGCACCACCAGCACCAGCACCACCACUGGCCCUCGCCGGCGUUUUGGGGAGGGAGGGCUUGGAGAUGUACACGAUAGACAGAGCAGGGAGGAAGAAGAACAGGUCGUCGUGUUCCGCCGCCACUGCUUCCUAUAGAGAUGAGGAGGAGAGGGUGGAGGGGAGGGUGUGUGUGGGGAAACGUGGAGGAUGGAGGAUGGACAGCUUGGAGUGCUAGUGCUGUAAAUACUAGUCACUAGACUAGUAUCCAGUGUACACAGCCAAACGAAUUGAGUCAAACUGAGUCGGGGGCCAGCAGGAUUAAAUUUCUUCCAAAGAUGGGCAAAAGCUAGUAUUUUGGCACAAUACGAUCGAUUCCACUGUCGAGUUUGAAAAACAAACGCGUAAGAUUCUGAAGGUCACAGUGGACUUUAAUCGAAUUCGGUCAAAUUGUAUCAAAAUGGUCGCUUUUACAUCUCCCAGGUGAAAAAUUUGGCUGAUCAACAACUCAUCCAAAUGACUUCGCUGGGCAGUGUGUCCUCAGUAUAAGUUGUACGAACGAUUCGUCUAUUUUUCCUACAGAGAUUGCCAGACAUCCCACUUGUCUCUUUUGGUCCACACCAAGAUCAGCCUGCGUCAGGCCAGCAGCAGCCACUCGGACACCUGACGCCAGGGCAGCUGCCCCAGCUGGUUCUUCUGUUGCUCCAGCUGGUUCAUCUGUUGCUCCAGCUGGUUCUUCUGCUGCUCCAGCUGGUUCUUCUGCUGCUCCAGUUGGUACUUUUGCUGCUGCUGCUGCUGCUGCUGCUGCUGCUGCUGCUUCGUCUGCGGGAUGUUCCAACACGCCAGGAAGCCCGCUGCUGUGGUAGACCGCGCCGCUUUUGUGGACUGGCAGCGGCCGCCGGCACCACCAGCACCAGCACCACCACUGGCCCUCGCCGGCGUUUUGGGGAGGGAGGGCUUGGAGAUGUACACGAUAGACAGAGCAGGGAGGAAGAAGAACAGGUCGUCGUGUUCCGCCGCCACUGCUUCCUAUAGAGAUGAGGAGGAGAGGGUGGAGGGGAGAGUGUGUGUGGGGAAACGUGGAGGAUGGAGGAUGGACAGCUUGGAGUGCUAGUACUGUACGCACCAGUCACUAGACUAGUAUCCAGUGUACACUGCCCAUCGAAUUGAGUCAAACAAUUGAGUUGGGGCCAGCCGGAAUUUCUUCCAAAGAUGGGCAAAAGCUAGUAUUUUGGCGCAAUGCGAUGAUUCGACUCACGGGCUUAAAAAACAAACGAUUUAGAUUCUGAAGGCCACGAACGACUUAAGUCGAAUUCUGUCAAACUGUGCCACAAUUGUUUUGUGGGGGGGGGGG